GCUCUACUUUCAAACCCAGCUCCGCCUCUGACUGCAUGGGUGAACUCAGACGAGUUUCUUAACUUCCUCUGUGGCCUGGGGGAAACAAUUUUUCCGCUCACGGGGUCUCUGGAUUAAUGAGAUCACGCAUGCAGACCACCUGGACCAGCGACUGGCUCGUCGUAGGUGCCCAAAUGCCAGGGGUCGUCUGUUGGCCCUGACCCCACAGUGAAAAACUGCCUUUCGGGGAACUCUGGGUCAAAGAACCAGAAUAAUUUGCAAAAUUGAGAUAACCUCUCACCUCCCCGUGAUCUCACGGCGUCCAGCCCCCCACGUCCCCGGAUAGCCGGGCCGAGCGCGGGGAAGCAGCAGGGCCAGCGCGUGCGGGCGGCGGAGGAAGACGCGGGGUUGGACAGACGGCUCUCGGUAGGAGGAGGAGAGAGCAGGCGGCGGAGGAGGGGAGAGCAAGCGGCGGAGGAGGGGAGAGCCGCCUAGAGGAGGGAGCAGAGGCGGGAGGAGACACAUGCGCGCUGCCUGCCGCCGCCGCCGCCGCCACCGUCCUGAGCUUGCCAGGGACAGGAAAGCUUCGAGACCGAGCUGCCACCGCCGCCUCCGCUUCUGCCUCCCCACCCCCAUUCUGCGCGCCUCCCACACCCUCUUCCCCUUCUUCCAGCAUCUCUCGGUGGAGCACUGCAGGAACUCGGCCCGGGCUGCCGUCUCCCCGACCCGGGGGAAAGCUGUGACCCCCCCGCAGGAGCGGCGGGGCGGGGUGGGGGGCCCGGGAGAAGAUGGCGACGCCGGGAAGCGAACCCCAACCUUUCGUCCCUGCCCUGUCAGUGGCUACUCUGCACCCCCAUCAUCAUCCCCCCCACCACCACCAUCAGCACCACGGAGGAGCCGGAGCCAGCGGCGGGGCCGGAGGAGGCGGCGGCGGCGGCGGCGGGGGCUUCAACCUGCCCUUGAACCGGGGGCUGGAGCGCGCGCUGGAGGAAGCGGCCAACUCCGGGGGGUUGAACCUCAGUGCUAGGAAACUGAAGGAAUUUCCCAGGACGGCGGCCCCCGCGCACGACCUCUCGGACACGGUGCAGGCAGAUUUAUCUAAAAACAGACUGGUUGAAGUUCCAAUGGAAUUGUGCCAUUUUGUAUCACUGGAAAUUCUUAAUCUGUAUCAUAAUUGUAUCAGAGUCAUUCCAGAGGCCAUCAUUAAUCUGCAGAUGCUGACUUACUUAAAUUUAAGUCGGAAUCAGCUGUCCGCCCUGCCGGCCUGCCUGUGUGGUCUGCCUCUCAAAGUCUUAAUUGCAAGUAACAACAAACUUGGAUCGCUGCCUGAAGAGAUAGGUCAGCUCAAACAGUUAAUGGAGUUGGACGUCAGCUGCAACGAGAUCACAGCCUUGCCUCAGCAGAUAGGGCAAUUGAAAUCCCUACGAGAACUGAAUGUCAGAAGAAAUUACCUUAAAGUUUUACCACAAGAACUAGUAGAUCUUCCCUUGGUAAAGUUUGACUUUUCCUGCAAUAAAGUGCUCGUGAUUCCCAUUUGUUUUAGAGAGAUGAAGCAGCUGCAAGUAUUACUGCUUGAGAAUAACCCUUUGCAGUCUCCUCCAGCACAGAUUUGCACCAAGGGCAAAGUGCACAUAUUUAAGUAUCUGAGCAUCCAAGCAUGCCAGAUUAAGACAACCGACUCCCUUUAUCUCCACACCAUGGAGAGGCCACAUUUACACCAGCACGUGGAAGACAGCAAGAAGGAUUCUGACUCGGGCGUUGGGAGUGAUAAUGGAGACAAGCGAUUAUCUGCCACAGAGCCUUCUGAUGAAGACACCGUUAGCCUCAAUGUGCCAAUGUCAAAUAUCAUGGAAGAAGAACAGGUCAAGGAGGACUCCUGCCAUCGCCUUAGUCCAGUUAAAGGGGAAUUUCAUCAGGAAUUUCAACCAGCGCCUUCCCUUGUGAGUGACAAUGAGAACUCAGGAGAAGAAAGAGACCAAUUUUCCCAUGGAACAGACGUUCUCCAUUCGGAAUUUAUAAACUAUAUUAAGGAAAGGACUGAGGCCUGUGAAGAACUGUUACGGAUAGAAGAGGACACGCACUGGCCAUCCGAGGGGAUAAUAAGUUCAUCCAAAGACCAGGACAUGAAUAUAGCAAUGAUUGAACAGCUGAGAGAAGCAGUGGAUUUGCUGCAAGAUCCCAACAGAUUAAGCACAGAUAUUACAGAGAGAAGUGUUGUAAACUUUUACCCUGUGGACUCAGCAGAAGACUUAGAAUUACAAGACUCUGCACUAAAUGGUCAAAUACAGUUGGAGACAUCUCCAGAAUGUGAGGUUCAAAAUGAUCUAACAUUACAGAGUAAUGGGAGCGAGUAUUCUCCCAAUGAGAUGAGAGAGAACUCCCCUGCCAUCUCUCCUACCAACGCCAGCACAGCUCUGUUUGGCCUGAAGCCUCGAUCAGUGUUUCUUAGACCACAGAGAAAUUUGGAAUCUAUAGACCCACAGUUUACAAUUCGGCGGAAAAUGGAACAGUUGAGAGAAGAAAAAGAACUGGUGGAACAGCUCAGAGAGAGCAUCGAGAUGAGACUCAAGGUCAGCCUGCACGAAGACCUGGGGGCUGCCCUCAUGGAUGGCGUCGUCCUCUGCCAUCUAGUCAACCACAUUCGCCCGCGAUCCGUCGCAAGCAUCCAUGUCCCCUCACCAGCAGUCCCUAAACUUAGCAUGGCCAAAUGCAGAAGAAACGUGGAAAACUUUUUGGAAGCAUGCCGAAAAUUAGGAGUACCAGAGGAAAAACUGUGUCUGCCCCAUCACAUCCUUGAAGAGAAAGGCCUGGUCAAAGUGGGCAUCACCGUUCAAGCAUUGCUAGAUGUAACUGUAACAAAGGCUCUAUUCACAUGAGACCAACUCCUGUCCUUUGGGUCGUGGCUCAGACGCUUUUCCGGUCAGAGAUCCUAAACUCUCCUCUCAGCACCUGCCCCCUCCAACCUCCCACUCACUGCUUGUCAGUUCCCCGACUCUAGUUGAAUUGACGGGAGGACACAAAAGAAGAUUUUCUACCUUUCAUAACUGACUCUGACAUUAAGACCUGACAGGUAUUUGCCUAAAACCCCGUGAGGGAGCUGGUUGUGAAGGACCAAGAAGCUCAUCAAUGCCUUCUACAACCUCCUUCGUCCCUUCCAUGCUCACCCACUGCCAUUACCAAAACACCAAGCACAACCGUUUCGCAGCAAGAUGCAUUUGUUUUAUUAAAACCAAACGCGAUGUGUAUUUUGGGGGGGGGUGGGGAGGGGAACAUGCAGUCAGGUUUUUUGCCACCAAAUUUUUCAAGAAGUUUCUUGAGACCAUUGCCUUUUAAAAAAACUAUUUUCGACAUACAAAAUAUUUAUAUAAAUAUUAUUUAUUAGUGAGUUGUUAUUCAUCCUUUGGAUGCAAAUUGUAAAUUAGGAAACUAUUUUAUUACUGCUUUUUUGUGGUUAAACAUUUUAUUUUAAUAUUAUAAAUAUUGAGUUAUUUUCUAUCCUCUUUGGUGUGCAAGUAGUUCUAGGUCUCCAUAGUCAUGUUUUCUGGUGUAUAUGACUCAAAAAAAAAAAAUUUUAAGCAAAAAGCAGGUGCUUCUGUGACAAGAACUAUUUUCUGGGGAGGCAUUAUUUAUACUUUGGUUUCUGGAACAUUGGUCUUAUUUAUAUUUCUGCAUUCCAUCCAGCUUCCUACAUUCCAGCAGCCCUGUUGUCCCCUGAUAUAAUGAGCUGACAGAAAUCAAGAGAGCGCCCCAAAGUUGUUUGUAAAUAGCUGUGAUGGAAAAAAAAAAAAGACAUUAAACUUGAAGAUAAAAUGUGAACAAUUUUUUUUUUGGGUUCAUACUUAUUUUGCUAUGCACAAAACAUUCACGUUUUAACACGAAGAAGUAACAAGUGUUGGCAUCGUGUGUCUUGUAGUGUAAUUUUGCACUGUAACUUGGGUAAUUAAAAGUCUAGCACCAAAGGUAGAUAAUAAGGAAGUGGUAUAGGAAAGUGGAGAUGAGAAAAAGGUUAUCGUUUAACCAAAAAGUUUUUUAAGGGCAGCUUCGGCGGAGAGUGAUCAAGAAUUAACUGAAGGCGUAUAGGACCUGGAUCAGGAAACCAGCACUUUCUGCGGCUGCCUGUUUUAAAAGAGGAAACUAUUUUGAGAUGUAGACGUGCUUAUUUUAUGGCAGCUUAGUUGGUGGCUUUCAAAGUAGUCCGUCAAACACGGCAAGAUUCACAGCCUCUGGUGUGAAACCGCAGAAGUGAGUCAGUAAAUUGGUGGAGUAGAUGCAUGCAAGAACAAGGCGGGCUCAGGAGAAGGUGAAGUAAGUAGCGUUUGUGAGGCUGAGUGGCCCAGGAGGGAGCAAGUUCAAAGAAAGCAAUGACUAGGGAAAACCCAGCUAAGGAAAGGCGUCCGUGUUGGUCUGAGAGAGUCACAUAAGACUUUACAGACACACAACCUAUUUUAGGCAGUUACGUGCAUGUGCACUCGCCCUGCAGUUACGGACAGCCCAGUAAUUCGUCUUUCAAAAUCUUGCGAAUGCUGACUGCAUCGUCACCUCUGUGAAAAGCCAUUGUAAGUUUUUAGAGCAGCAGCCACAAGUUAUAAGCCAAAUAUAAAGGCGAACACAAAAGAAAAGACACCAGGAGGACAGUAUGCAUUGAAAUUGAACAUAGACUUACAUCAGCCAACGCCAAGGCUGCCCUCCGGUCUAGGCAAGGAGGGAGGGGUUACUGAAAAUAGUCGUUUGGAUUGGCAGCUAGCAGUUACUUCGUAUCAAAUGUACUGUGCACUUUAACCGAGUUUAAAAUAUAUUUUAAUAUUUUUCUGUACUGCACAAAUACCUGUUUUGUCCAAUAGCAUGAUGUAAAAAAGAAAACACUUUGAACAAAGAGCGUAUUCAGUGUAAGCGACAGUCAAAGGUUGAUUAUAGAAAUAGGAAUUUAGAUGACUGCACCUUUAUGGGCAUUGAGAAUGCAGGGUCCUGAAAUAUUUUUUUUUUACAUGUAUAUAUGGCAACAUGAAGCUCUGUAAUCCUUGUUUUGAGAGACUUCUUUUCAAAAUUAAAAUAUUUCUUUUGAUAUUCAUUUUCAGUAUUUUCUUGCGGUUGGCUGUGUAAUGUG